AUGUCGGAAACGGAGCGCAUUUUAUCGAUCAAUGCGAUUGAUGAAUUGGAAGAUGAAGAUGAGGGUCAGGGAAUGACACAAUUUCCGCCCACACCCGGUUGUCCGGGUACGUAUGACGACGAAGUGGACCCGCAGGCCCUUCUCAUCGCCGCCACCUUCGUCUCUGACGCCAUCUACGGACGCCUAGAAGAACACCGCACCGACAUGGGCAGCCUCCGGCUGUAUCGAGCCUACAAGAGAGGGUGGGUGCAGCUGUCAUGGAAGCUGUUCAUCUAUGUGGACCUCUUCCUGGCCUUUAUCGAGCCGCCCUACACCAUCACACCGCCCUUUGACGGGCUGUCGGCAGUGCUUGAAGUGAUAUGCAUGAUCGCGCUGCUGGCCGAGCUCGUCGUUCGCUUUCAGUUCCUCGAGCGACGGGCCUUCUUCCGUAGCCCCAAGAUCAUCACACAGAUUCUCGUUAUCACCGCCACGCUGGCCGACGUCAUGCUGAGCAGUGCCACGGGCAACACGCUGCGACUCACGCGAUAUCUGCGUCCGUGGUGGUUGUUCUAUUCGUCGCGCCUGCUACGUACUGCGACGAACACGAUCCGCCGCAUCGUGUUCAGCCUGUUCGAUCUUCUGCUGCUCAUUCUUCUCGCCAUCAUCCUUUUCGGCAGUGUUUGCGCCGUCAUCUUCGCCGGAAGUCACGAGGGCCGUGAGUACUUUCCAGACCUGUUCACGGCCUACAUCAACCUCUACUUUGGCCUCUACUCGCUCAACUACCCUGACAUCAUGAUUCCUGCGUAUCAUGCGAGCGCCUGGUGGUCGCUAUUGUUCAUCGGUUACGUGCUGGUGGUUUCCUGGUUCUUGAUGGCCAUCGUGCUUGCCACCAUCUACACUGUCUACAAGAGCGGGCUCAAGGGAGAGGUGGCGCAGGUGCUGUACCACCAGCACCAGAGGCUGGCAGCGGCCUGGCAGCUCUUCGGCUGUCACGUCUCCGGCAAGCUCUCGUGGCCCGUGUGGGAGCAGCUGUUCGCCGUGCUCAAGCCCCACUACAGGCCCGAGAAGGUCGCCAUGGUAUUCCGUAUCCUGGACAAGGGCCAAAAGGGCUACCUCCGGUACAAGGAGUUCCUGCGGAUCGUGGACCUGCUCACGUACAGGCUGCACCGGAUCAACGUCAGCCCCCACGUAUUUGGUCGCGCGUGGCCCUCGCUCUACUACUCCCGGGCCAGCAAGGUCUUCCGCAAGAUCGUCCUCCACAAGUUUGCGUCGUGGGCGGUGGAUUUCGUGAUCGUGGUGAGCGUGGUGGUCUUGUUGGUCGAACUGCAGCUUCAAUUGAACGGCGAUAAUAUUACAACUGAGGUCCGAUUCGAGAACCACGCCUCUGAGUACGUGCUGUUCUCGGUGCUGUGGCUCGAAUUCUUCUGUCGGGUGUACGCCCUGGGACCCAGCGCCUACUGGCGGUACCACUGGCACAAAUUCGAUGUCUUGCUCUUGGCUUUCGUCAGUCUCGGCUUCUCGAUCCUCCUCGCCGAUUUUAAUACCCCCAUUGAUUGGGUGAAGGUGAUCUUCAUCGGGCGGCUGCUGCGGCUCACGCGGCUCUUCUCACGAGUGCUGUACUACGUGUUCGCCCUGAUAGGGAUGCAGAUCUGGGCGGGUAAAAUCACUAAGGACACGGCAGCCCUCAAGGGCACCACCUUUGCCGAUUUGGGGUACUACAUGCUCAACUUCAACUCCUUCCUCGAGGCCCUCUUCACGCUCUUCCACCUCAACGUCAUCAACAACUACAAUGUGACGGCGGUCGGCUACUCUGCGGUCAGUGGAAAGGCGGCAUGGCUGUUCUUCGUCAUCUUCAACCUGCUUGCGGUCAUCGUCCUAUUCAACGUGAUGGUGGCCUUCAUUAUCGAGGCCUUCCAGAAACGCCAACAGAAGGCCAACACCCAAGACCCCAUGCUCAAGCGAAUCCGCAAGAUCACCCUCAAGGUCGAGGGGGCGGCAGGAGGGCUCUACGCGUGGCAGGCGGAGGACAGUCGCGAUCCGUUCCACAUUCUGCGCCGACUGCUGCUCGAUGAGAUCCUCGAGGAGGACGAAGUCUACUCGUGGCUCAACUACGUCGAGGAGCACCACGGCACCGACAAGGAGAAGAAGGCCGACGGAAAGGAGCACAAGAAGCGUAGCCGCCACCACAGCGACACCGAAAGCGAGGACGAGGGCGAGCAUGCCGACAUCAAGAACGCGAUCAACAACCUCGGUGGGCUCCCCAACAACUCCACCAUCAGCCCCGCGCCCACCUCCAUCACCGGCUGGCACCUGCCCGAGGACCAGGGCUCGUCUCGGCGCCUGCGGGUCUCCAGCACCCUGCCGCGAGGCAUCUGCCGCGGCGGCACCAUCUACAUCCCCAACCGCACCCGCGAGGACCAUCCCGGCGCCUCCUCGGCCUUUGCCAGCUGGGACAACGCCGCCGCCUUCGAGGGGGAGGACGAGGAGGAGUUGGGCGGAGCGGCAGGACAGGAGCAGCUCUUCGGCAGGCCGCGGAGGCAGGGCGUGGGGGAGAUCGGGGGUAAGAUCAGGCACGCGUGGCUCCGGCAGUGGCGCGGGAAGGGCACCGACAAUCGGUUCUACAUUCCACGCAUCACGCGCGACCGCGCCAACAACCUGCGCGUGGUGUGGGAGGACGAGGACGAGGAGUACGACGAACACCUGCAAGAGCGCGAGGAGAACCGACAGCGAAGGCGAGGCAACGGUGGAAACCAGGACGCCUAA